AAGCGAACGGAGGCGAAGGAGGGGCCGCGGAGCCGGGAAGGCCUUUGAGGGGGCUCCGCUGCCUUGGCCGGCGAGGCUUUAUUUCGCUGCCGUCUUCGCCUUCGACACAAGAGGCAGGAAGAGUCUUGGAGCCGGAACAACCCCCGCAGGAAGUGACGCAAAAGGGUGACGGACGCUUCCGGUUCGCGCGCGUCCGCGCAUGCGCCUCCGUGGGCGGAGAGAGCCGCGCUUCCGGGUUCCGUGGAGUAGGCGGUCGAGAUGGCGGAGGGCGAGGAGUACGAGUCGGUGCUCUGCGUCAAGCCGGAGGUCCACGUCUACCGAGUGCCCCCGCGUGCCUCUAACCGGGGCUACAGAGCUGCGGAGUGGCAGCUGGACCAGCCAGCAUGGAGCGGGCGCAUGCGCAUAACAGCCAAAGGGAACGUGGCCUACAUCAAGUUGGAGGACAAGAACUCAGGAGAACUUUUUGCCCAGGCUCCUGUGGACCAGUUCCCCAGCAUUACUGUGGAGGGUGUGACGGAUUCCAGCCGAUACUUUGUCAUCCGCAUUGAGGAUGGGAACGGGCGCCGGGCCUUCAUUGGAGUCGGCUUUGUUGACCGAGGUGAUGCCUUCGACUUCAACGUCGCUCUGCAGGACCAUUUCAAGUGGGUCAAACAACAGAGUGAGCUGGCCAAGCAGGCCCUGAAUCCAGACCAGGGCCCCAAACUGGACCUGGGCUUCAAGGAAGGACAGACAAUCAAGCUCAACAUUGCGAACGUGAAGAAGAAGGACGGCUCCUCCUCGGCCAGCAGGCCCCGAGCAACAGGCUCUGGGGGCCCCAGCCUCAUCCCACCCCCUCCUGGAGGAAAGACCGCCCUGACCGGGGAGCAGCUUUCGUCUGCUGCUGAGGCAGCAGACGUCUCCAUCCCGUGGCCGCCUCCGCAGGCUUCAAAUUCUACAGCAGAAGCAGCUGCGGACAUCUGGGGAGACUUCACCAAAGCUUCUGGGUCUGCCUCCAGUCAGGCUCAGCAGAGCUCCACCAGCUGGGUCCAGUUCUGAGCUGAGCAUCUUGUGCUUCUCUGGUCGGGGGUGAAGGCCACGGAAGGACCCUUGUGGACCAAAGAGGAAGCUCCUUUGCCCUUGUGGUGCAUCAUGAGAUCCCAGUCCUGGAUGUGUCUGGAUGUUUGCUUGGGGCAUUUUAUGGGAUAGGGAAGGUGGGGGUCAGCUGGGGCUGUGCAGAUCCUCUUCUCUCUCCCUCCACCUCCAUCUACCCCCUCAGCACUUGGGGUUCCUGAAAGGGGAGGGAGGGAGUUUUUCCUGGGUUCAGAUCACAGCUUAAGAACCUGGGAAAGAGGGAGACAGCUGGGCCUGUCCAGAAAGAAAGAGGCGCCUUCCUGUCUCUUGCCUUUUUUCCUGUCUUGUGUGGUGUCUUAACGGUGUUUCUUUGAUAUGCUUGCCUCGCCUCGCCCCCUUUCUAGCUUGGAGGGAUUUUGUGGCGCAGCUGCCCUAGGAAACACACACUCUGCACGCGGGCAAAGGCGGCUUCCCUUGCAGGAGGUGACCGGCAGCGCCCUGCCUUCGCAGCCCACCUUGCAAACUUGAAAUGGGCUUACCUGUCGCACAUCUCCCUCUCGGAAUUUCCAGGGUGCCUUCCACACUGGAAGGACGCUGGACCCCGAUUCUGUCAUGUUGCUCUGCCUCUGAUGGUUGUGGUGGAGGUGAGAGAAGAGUCGUCAGCUUGCUGCAGAGGCGGCGAGCAAUGAUGCCACGUCGAUGUCCUUUGAGGGCGGGGGUCCCUGGCUUUUCUUUGCCUUGUGAAGUGCCUUCUCUUUUUCCUUCUCCCUCCCCUGCUAAAACUGGCCUUUUGAGUAGCUAGAGCAGUGGAACUUCUGACAUUCCAUAUUGGUGUGGCUUUUAACGUGCGCACACACACAACAAAUUACCCUUUUACUUUCGGAGAGACCCUGGGUUUUUCUCCUAUCGCAGGUGCCUCAGACAUUGUGAAGGACAAAAACUGCCCUCUGGGCCAUCUUACGGAACCGGGUUUUAAUUCUCUUUUGAAAUAUAGAUCUUUGUAUUCACUCCUAUCCUAUUUAUUCUAAGACGAAGGCCUUUUACAGAACGUUUUCUUACUAUGAAACUCCAUGAAGUUUUUGCUGCCUUUUGUUUUGUUAUUUUUGAGCUGGUUCCUUAUUAAAAAUGUAUAUGUAUAUAUA